AACAUUCGAAGGAUUCAUUCUUAUGUUUUGAGUGUUGCUAUUGUUAUUUGGUUCUUAUUUUUCAUCCCUUGAAUCCUUUCUCCAAAGAGAUGGCUGAUCAAAAACUUAUUAAAGUAGGAGCUGCAGGAUACUUUUCUUGUGAAGAUGAAUUUUGGGAUGAAAAGGGUAAUUCCGAACUCUACGAAAUAUACAUUUCCUACGGAGAUUGUGUUCAAUCCAUUCAAUUUCAGUAUGUUGUGAACGGAAAAUUAGUGAUGUCUGAGCUACAUGGAAUAUGCAAAGGUCCCAAAUUCAAUCUGAUAAGGCUCAUAUAUCCAUCAGAGUUUCUCACUAGGAUAAGUGGUGACUGCUUGCCUAACCAUAAAAUCAGUUCUCUGAAAAUUACGACCAAUAAACAAUGCUACGGGUCCUUUGGUCGCCCUACAAAUGCUCACCACUUUGAUUUUCAGUUUGGAAAUUCAAGGCAGUUUGGGGGUUUUUAUGGGUACUGUGACAAAACUCGCAACAAUUGCCUGGCAGCCCUUGGAGUGUACUUUAAGCCCUCCUCUAAAUUGGAGAUCAUUACUGGGAACUGCAUAUCAGUGGAAACAGAACACACGGACGAUGAUUCAUGUGCAUGUAAUGAUCCAUGUGCAGGGUGUAGAAGAAAGAAUUAAUGUAUGAAGCAUAAAGUUCAAAAUCUGUUAUGUAUCCAUUUAUGUUAUUCAGAUGCUAAUCUAUUGUAAUAAAAUAUUCAUAUUAAUAAGCUUCCUUUGAUACAUAACCUUAUUCUUCUUAUCUAUCAUAAUGAAUCCUAAGUUUUACU